CUCGGGGACAGUGUAAACAAACGGUUAUCUUAUUCAAACGUAGAGUAGCAUCCCCUACACAGACAUGGAAGCAAUUUUCCACGAAAAGCAAGAGGGAUCGCUUUGUGCUCAACACUGCUUGAAUGCACUCCUCCAAAACCAUUAUUUUACAGCUGUAGAUUUAGCACACAUUGCACAGCAGCUAGAUGAGAGGGAGAGGCAACACAUGAUGGAAGGAGGAAUUCACUCUCAUGAAUAUCAAAAUUUCCUGGAGCAGCCAUCAAAUAACUAUGAUGACAGUGGUUUUUUCUCCAUCCAAGUGCUGCAAGAAGCAGUACGAGUGUGGGGGCUUGAACUGAUUCCCUUUAGGUCACAGAACCCCUUCGCACAGGCAGCUCAAGCAGAUCCUACGAGUCAGCAAGCCUACAUAUGCAAUUUCAGGCAACACUGGUUUUGUGUUCGAAAACUUGGAAAUCAGUGGUUCAAUCUUAACAGCCUUCUUACGGGACCUGAGCUUAUCUCCAAUACUUAUUUAUCCUUGUUCCUAACACAGCUGCAGCAAGAAGGGUAUUCACUGUUUGUUGUAGUGGGCACAUUAGCAGACACAGAAGCUGACCAGCUUUUGCGAAUAAUGCCAGCUGUUCAGCCCAUCAAACCCUCACUACUUACAUCAGAGGGACAAGACAAAGUGACGCAGGGAGAAGAUGAUGAUGAUCAAUAUCUGCAAAAAGCUCUUGAAGAAAGUCGACAACUUGUGGAGCAGGAUGACAUGGCCUUGCAAAAGGCACUUAAUGACAGCAUGACUGGCUAUAUUGAUGAGUCUUUAAAGCAAGGCUUGUUUGAAGAAAUGUCUCCACCCGCUGCACAUUCCAGUUCUCAAAAGACUUGUCCAACAGAAGAACUCCGACAAAAACGUCUAGCAUUUCUAGAAAAGCAAAGCAGUAGUUCAUCUUCUCAGGCAGAAUCCAGUACUGUCACAAAAAAGGACUCUGUUCUGGAUGAUGGCCUUAAAGGAACUGGAGAUGAGGGUAGUGAUGAUGAAAUGCUGAAGCAAGCUCUCAAGAUGUCUAUGGAGCAGCCUUAGUACCAUCAUUCCAGAUUUCAGUUGGACUGCUUUGUUCAGAUGUUUUUUUUUAAUUUCAUAGAAAAUCAUAGUCUUUGAUGUAGAUAUGUUAACUGUAAAUUAUAGCUUUUAUAUGCUUUUUUAGUGGAUUGUGCUUAACUCAUUAAUUCUCGUGGAUCUGUAAUUUAUUACAGGUGUAAUGCCUUUAUUAAUAAUGAGAUGCAGUUUGAUUAGCAGGAUAUAAUAGUAGCAAUUUAUCUUUCCAAACACUUCCAAAUGACAGAUUACAAUGAAUGUACAUAACAAUCUACACAUGUUGAUCUAGGAAGACUAGGUGCCAAUUCAGCAGCAGACCAACAUUGUGAGUCUGAUAAAAAAGUUUUCUUACUUAUUUUGGGUUGUUAAUAGUGAGUCAAAGAAUGAUUGUCUUCUUAACGAAAAUUUACCAAAUGAUUGCAAAUUUCUUAAACAUGUUAAAGCAUAGUAGAUUUAUCCUAGUUAUUAUUCUGUAAAGGAUGUUAACUAUUUUAUAUACAAGCAUGCACAUCAAAGAGUGUAGACUGCAACUCAAUAAAAGUUUGCCAGAUGGAAGACAGAAAGUAGAUCAAUCUGCUAGUGAUGCUCUGUGCAGCUAGCCAAGGCACUGAUAUUUUAUGCAUAUAAACCAUGAACGGGAUUUGACACAAUUUUUACAAACAAGAACAAAGUAUCUUGAAAAGAUUUUAAUCAUUAUGGGCAAAAUUUAAACCAUCAUAUGAAACCUUUUUUUUAACAUUGGCACAAAUAUAAACUCAAAUAGACUGUUCAGCAAAAUGCAUAGUAAUCUGGGUCUGAAUGAACACAACUUCGAAAUGCAAUGAUAUUGCACAGCUAAGUUUAAAGAGUUAUAGAUGCCUGAAAGAAAUAAGACAGGCUCAGGUUAGAGUCCAUAAUCUUAAUAAUAUGAGCUUUCUUAUCUGAGAAAAACAACUGAUACUGCUCCCUCCAAAGAAGAGAAAUAAAUCAUCACAGUUCCUCUUGAUAAUGUCAUUUUCCUGAAACACUUUGCUGACUGCUCUCCAGGUCUACUGGUCUGUGAAGCUGCCAAAAAAUAAGGUUUUUAUCUGAAAGCGUAUUCACUGGGGUCUCAUAUGUUACACAACAUUUUUCUAAUGUUUAAUAAUUCAGAUUUCAAUGAAAAUUUUGGUGAGUUUAUAAUGGUCCUCAAAAGAUGUAUAAAGCCUUUUGCUAUAUUGAAAACAAUAUAAAAGUGACUCUCAAAACUGCUAUGACACUGCAAAUGGAUAACAAAACUGGGAAUAUACUAGCUGACUUUCAUUAUUGAAAACUUGUUGUGUUGUAAGAUAGUAUUUCUCACAUAAUAAAACUUGGUUAUUUCAAAACCUGCAGGUAAAAAUCUUUCAGUUGACAGAAUUUGCUAUCCUUAAUUCCUCCAAAAAUGCUGUUAUGUGCAAAUUAUAACUGAUGAAAAUUACGCAUUCUUACUUAACAAAGCAGCUGUUUUGUCUGUGAAUUUAUAGUGUUUAUUUCAAUAUCUCACAACCAUUCAGAGUUCUAGCAAAAGACAAAGCUGGUGAUAAAUGAAGGAGGGUGUUUAGGUGUGGGGAGGGGUUUGGUUCAUGAGCAUUACAAUCAAUACAGCUGUAUUUAGGUACAUUCAUUGCAUUCAGCAACUGCUGCUUUUUGCUGUUAGUAAUUAGAAAUACUAUUAAGAUUUAAUACUAAAAUUGCAUUUCCUCCAAUACAGCUUACAAGACAACAAUUAAGAAUACAAAAGUAUUACUAAAUGCUUGUGCAGUGUCUUUUAAGGAUUAUUUUUGUGAUAAACCUAUAUCUCAACACAUUGAUUACUGAUAAAUGGCAAGAAACUGGAUAGUACAAGAAAGCAAGAUUGCAGAAGAAUGAACAAGCUCUGCAGUUCAUUUGAUGGUCACUGUCCCUGCUAGAGUGGGUUUUUUUUUUUUUUGUCACCACUCAAAACAAAGAUAGUGAGUGUAAGAGAGACUGAAUGAAGAGAGAAUAAAAGACAAAAGAGCUGGAAAGGCCCAUAAAACUUUCCCCUACUUAAAGUAACCAUAAACUGAAAUCUACAUGUCAUCAAUAUCAGCACAGAUUGCUGAAUAAGAUUACAUCAUGCACAAUAAGUUUAAAUAGUAGAUGUAUAGGAACAUGGAUUACAUUCUGAGUGGAGGUUUUAUAGUAGUUGCGAACUCUGUAACAGUACAUAGGACUAAAAUAACAAAGAUAUGGCAUGAAGAGUUGUGAACAAAGCAAGUGAUUGAUUUAUAUAAAGAAUUGAGGUCAGCAGUAUAGCAAGUCAAUAAUUCAACAAUUAAAUCUGCUUUCUAUAA